AGUCAUUCAGCUAUAUUUCGCCGUGUACUCAAUUCCUUCUGUGUAAGACUAAUUUUCAGUUAAAACUAUCACUGUCAGCUAAUGUCAAAUAGUUAGAAUAUAACUAUAUGACUAUGAUGUUUGAGAGUCCUUUCUGAAAAGCAAGUGUCCCAGUUAGCAAACUCCAUGCUAACGAAGUCUAGUACGUAACGCUUCAGUUCAGUGGGAACAGUUUGGAGAAUGGCGGAGCAACACAUCCAAGCAAAGCUGAUCAACCAUCUGAAGCAAGAUAAAAUACAGCUGUGGAAUCCACCGUACACCUCCGAAGACAACAAACCCGGACUCCAGCCGCUAAAGGAGCUGGCUGAGCGCUAUGCUCCCGUUGUGUGUUUUUCGGUGGAAGAGGUAGAGGAAGCUCUGGAGAACAUCAGGGGUCUGGCCGUGAAGAAAGGAAUGGGGAACAGGACAUACAGAGAGACCUGUGUGGCCACCCUGGAACUACUGCUACCCAGGGAUGCCAGGAAGGAUUCCAAAAAGAACUAUCUGGAGACCAGACUGGAUGUCCUGACCCAGUCUGUGAUGGACAGGAUUGCUGAGAUUCACGGCCUACAGUACAUCAAGCUGAUCUUAAAUGGGAAGGAACUGCUGCCGGAGAAGCAUCUGAAUGAGCAGAAUGUGAAGAACAACAGUAAGGUAAUGGUACUGAGGGUGAGUGAACCACAGAAGAAGAAGCAGAUGGCAGAUGAGGAGGAGAAGAAGAAGACUCAGAACGAGAGCGUUCAGAGGACCCAGAAAGGCUUCCAGAUCCUCUCAGAGAGAGAUGGCAGUGAAGACCCAGCUACCACACCCUUCCUGGAGAUAGCAGACCAGAAGGGCAACCCUCUCAACAUCCCUCACAGCGAGAAGAAGGCUCUGAUCCUGGCCAUGGGAUUCCACGAGAAGGGCCGAGCGCUGUUGAAGAGGAAGCAGUAUGAAGCUGCACUAUGUCACCUGCUGCAGGCUGAUGACCAGUUUAAUCACUGCGGCUCCGCUCUGCUGGGUACAGUGGAUAACUAUGCAGUACUGCAGCUGGACAUCGUGUGGUGCUAUCGAGCGCUGGAGGCCCUGAGCUGUCUGGAUGACGGCAGGCAGCGGUUACAGAGGGCAGAGGACUGCUUCCUCAAGUGUUAUGGAGAACGGCAACAGAGGCUGCUGCAAAUCAAGGGUAACACAGGAAGUGAGGACGUGUUGUUCCUGAGGAUGUACCUCCUCCAGAGUCUUCUCUUCUUUCUGGACGGGCAAGAGCGAGACGCUGCCCUCACACUACAGAAGGCGGAGGACCUGUACAGGCGUUUAGUCACGGACCCAGACCUGAUGACACAGCUGCUGGCUCUUGGCUUCUCUGAGCGGGAGGCUCGCCUGGGCCUGCGGGCCUGCCAGGGCAACGUCAACCAGGCCGCCAUGCACAUCAGCAACAGGAGACAGGAGCGUGAUGAGAUGAAGAGGGAAGAGAGGGAGAAGAGGAGGAGGCGAGUGGAGGCUAUCUCCACCCUGAGAGAGCUGGGCUACUGUAAGAGAGAUGCAGCUGUAGCCCUCCAGCAGGCAGACGGAAACGUGGACCAGGCCUACCAGAUUCUCCUUGACUCCGCCCAGGCGGACCAGUCCACUAAUAACAACUUAGAGGAGCCUGUCAGUCAAGACCUGGUGGAACAGCUCCAGUACCUGGGCUUCGGCAGGGAGGCGUCUGAGGCGGCGCUGAGGCUGGUGGGGGGGGACAUCCCAGAGGCCACCAGGCUGCUGCUGGACCACGGCGGGGUGAUCCCCCCAGAGCUGCUCUCCCCCUCCCCACCCUCCUCCGCCUCUGAUGAAGCCAGCACAUCCACCGACUCUGCAGGCUCCACCAGUGUGUCACAGAGCCUGAUGGAUGUGGACCUGGUGAAUGAGGUUCUGGAGGACAUUCCCAGACAUGAGGAGGAUUAUCUGGACCUCACCCUGGAGGAGGAGAUGGACCUCAUAGGCCAGAUGAAAUCCUUGCUGAACAGGAUUGGAAGCUGAACACACACACACAUGUGCACGCACACACACACCUCGUGACUCUGCCUUCUAGCAAUAAAUCUAAAUGUUCACCUGUUCUGUCCUGUUUCAGACCUUGGUCCUGUUUGAACACUCUUAAAGAUGCCUCAAAUCCUCCUCCCUCCCUUCUUUCCUUCCUUCCUUCCUCCCUUCUCUCUUUCCCUCCCUCUCUCCCUCCCUUCCUGCUUGUGUUCAGGCAGUGUCUGUUAGAAACGAUUCUCUCAGUAGUCUGGUUUGAUCUCUUCUGUGUUUCUGCAUCUGCAGUCCUCCAUGUGAGAAAAUGUCAAAUUAGUAAAAAAAUUAAUAAAAUAUAUACAGUUAUUUUAUAAAACUGUAUAAUCAUAUCCUGACAUCUAAAGCUUUUUUGUGUUUUUCAACAAUUUCAGUUUUUUAAUGGAGGUCGUGCUGUGUUUUAGUUUUUCAGUUCUAUUAUGAUGAGUGAUGUCAUAGUUCAUGCUGCCUUUCAUUUCAUUCACAUUUGAUUGGUAGAAGUCUUCUCAUGUUCAAUAAAACCUGGUUUGGCUAAUUGGAAUAUGCGUAAGCCUUCUUUUACACCACAGUUGAGUGACUUCACA